AUUCGUAUAACAUGUCACUACCGGGCUUCCAUAGCUGCGAGUUUUCAGUGUCCUCUAUCAUAGCAACAAUUUGUCAUUAGUAAAUAGUAAAUGAAUAACAAAUCAUAUUUAUCUUGUGCUAGUGUAGACGUCUUAUGUGUAUACUAAAUAAUUGCUUUUUAUGAAUAAUUAUAAAUAAUUGGAUUACUGUUGAUAUCUUAAAUUUAUAGAUGUCAUUAACAGGGUCUUACAAAAUGACAGGAUAUCAUUUUUAAGUUUUAUUAAUUUGAAAAAGUCUAUAUACAUAAUAUCAAGAAUGGAAGGAUCACUUAGUAAAUGGACCAAUGUUGUUAAUGGAUGGCAAUAUCGUUGGUUUGUUCUUGAUGACAAUGCUGGUCUAUUAUCAUAUUAUACUAGUAAAGAAAAAAUGAUGCGAGGUGCCCGCCGUGGUUGUGUCCGAUUACGAGGUGCUGUAAUUGGAAUAGAUGAUGAAGAUGACAGUACAUUUACUAUCACAACUUCUUCAUCGAAAGAUGAUCCAAAAACUUUCCAUUUCCAAACUCGUAAUAGUGAUGAACGAGAACGUUGGGUUCGAGCUCUCGAAGAUACUAUUUUACGUCAUUCGCAUACGCGUUGGGAUCCAAAAAGUUCAUUAUCCAAGCAUGAUUUUGACCGAAAAGUAUCCGAAGCCGAUGCGUUUUUACAAUUGCUUAUUGAUCAAAUAGUAUUAAUAGAAGGCCAGCCGAGUAAUGAAACAGAAAAGGAUAAUAAUAAACAAGAAAAGUAUGGUGUUAUUUUAGUCCACGCUAACUCUGUGCUUAAUUCCAUCAAACAUACAAUCGUUCAAUUACAAAUAGCAAAGAAUACUGCCAUUCCUGUGAAUGGUAUUUACAAUGGACCUACUAAUCCUAAUGAUCGAUGCGUACUUACAACCUCUACACAUGAUUCAGAAAGGGAGCCAGAAUCUGCUGUGCAAACAGGUAUUGAGUUAGGUUCGGAAUGUCUUGAACCUAGAUCUAACGUUCCGAAUGCUCGAAAUCUAUUGGUUCCGGAUUUUUCAUAUUCUUCAUCAGAUGAAGAUGAAGAUUAUUACGACGCGACAGAGGAUAUCUCUACAAUGUCAUCGUCACAAAAUCAUUACCGAAGCAGUGAUCAUAGUGCUAAGACUAGUCUUUCAACAGUUGGGGAAGUACCUAAUCAUGACGAAUUUCGUAAGCCCCAUGGAAAUCCCCCAACUACAGCAGACGGAUCCUUGGAUUAUGAUGCGCUAUACGAAGAAGAAAGUGAACCAGAAAUGGAUUCGAUGGAAAGUCAUGGAUCAGUCGUAUCUCAUCUCUUAUCGCAAGUAAAAAUUGGGAUGGAUUUAACAAAAGUUGCUUUACCUACAUUUAUUCUUGAACGAAGAUCACUCUUAGAAAUGUAUGCAGAUUAUUUUGCACAUCCAGAGCAUUUUUUACGCAUUGCCGAUUUAUCAACUCCAAAAGAAAGAAUGGUUCAAGUGGUACGAUGGUACUUAUGCAGUUUUCAUGCUGGUCGUAAAUCUGGUGUUGCAAAAAAACCUUACAAUCCAAUAUUAGGAGAGAUAUUCCGUUGCUACUGGGAUGCUGGGAAAUCUAAUAACAGUCAUCGAAACGAAACAACAAGAACAUCGGUUAAUGCUGCUAGUGAUGGUCCGGUACCUUGGUGUCAAAACGAUCAGCUUUGUUUUAUUGCUGAACAAGUUUCACAUCAUCCACCUGUAAGUGCAUUUUAUGCUGAGCAUCGUGAUAAAAAAAUAUGUUUUAAUGCUCAUGUAUGGACAAAAAGUAAGUUCUUAGGACUAAGUAUAGGAGUACAUAAUAUCGGAAAAGGGUGGAUUAACUUACUAGAGUAUGGUGAGGAGUAUGUUUUGACUUUUCCAAAUGGUUAUGGAAGAUCUAUAUUGACUGUACCUUGGAUCGAAUUGGGAGGUACUACAACUAUAACAUGUGCUCAAACUGGUUAUCAAGCGACAAUAGAUUUUCUGACAAAACCUUUUUAUGGUGGAAAACGAAACCGCAUUGUUUGUCAAGUGACUCAACCAAGCGAGAAAAAACCAUUUUUAGUGAUAAAUGGAGAUUGGAGCGGUAUCAUGGAAGCUAAAUAUAGCGAUGGUCAAACCGAGUUAUUCGCUGAUGUGACUACAAUUCCUGUUGUAAAAAAAAUGGUGAAGCCAAUUUGUGAGCAAAAUGAUAACGAAUCUCGCAAAGUAUGGAGAGAAGUAACCGUUGGCUUGAAAAUUAAUGACAUGGAUAAGGCGACUGCAGCCAAAUGUUAUAUUGAACAAAAACAGCGGGACGAAGCAAAACUUCGCAAAGAAUCUAAUUUAUUGUGGGAGAUUAAAUUUUUCAAAGAAAUGAAGGAUGGAGGGUGGAUGUACAUCACGCCGUUAACAAAAUAAUUAAAAUUCACAUUCAAUUUGAUGUAAAAAUUGAUUUAUAUAGUAUCAACAAAAUACCAAAAAUAAAGAGCCUAAAAUAGUUAUUAAACAUAAUGAAAAUAAAAUUAUUGUGCUCUCUAAAAAAAAUCAAUCCCCAUAAUUAGUUUCACAUGCUAGAUUUUUUUUAUCUUCUGUCUUCUAUAUAAAUAAAAAAAACUUAUGUUUCUUCGUGUUUAAUUUUAAAUCUCCGAAAUUUAUUUGUUGAUCACUUAUAAAUUAUGACAUAACGUUUUAUUCGCAUUCCAUUAUGUUUUUCUACAUGCUAACAAUAGAAUAUACACACCGAGAGAGAAGAAUGAU